GUACAAGUAGCUGUUUCUCUUUGCCGAGUGCUCUCUUGUUUAUUGCCCGACGAGGUCGUGACUGCAGGCAGGAUAGAUGUGUCGCUGCCAAAAGCGGACAGUAACAAACCUUCUCUCAUUCCACUUCCGCGCCACGAACAACAGGAAUGGUACUAACUCACCUGUCAAGAACAGGGAGUGCUGCUAUCCGCGUUAAGCUGGAUCUAGAGGCGGCUUUACUAUCAUGCUACAGGGGCCAGGAUGCUGUCCAGGAUUAUCCCAGAUCGACAAAGCGACUCAUGACACGGCUGAUGCGCAUCCUCGCUCUGGAACCAGAUCGGUUCUUUGUUCGGCCCCUCAUCCAUGGAUACAUGUUCGAUACCUGGUCAUCACGAAAGUGCAGGGACGAGUUCCUGACAUUGAACGCUUCUUGGCCAAUAACCACGGACUCUUAUCUGAUGCUGGUGGAAGAGCUGGACCUCAAGGACGAAUUACUGUCUGCACUUCUAACCAUUUCGCUCGAGGAGAGAAUACGCCUGGUCGAUCUCAUUCUGAACUCGUCAACACUCUCUUCCGGAUUGAUGGCGGAUCUAUUUCUAUGGACGACGGAUUUGGUGACAUCCAGUUAUCACAGGAACAAUGCCCAGCCUAAAGAAUGUGAUGCACUGACAGAUUUGUGGAGAAAUCGAAUCAAGGAGCAGGAGAGUUGCUGGCGACUCUUUCGUAUGGCGCUCAGACGAAUACUAAAUCGGCUAUUUGUGCGCCUCGCUUGGAGAGGACCAUCGCACGUGGCACAUUGGAACAUAGGCCAGGCUGCUCAACCAAUAUCGCGAUUGCCAGGGCAAGGUCUGCAAUCCAAUGAGGCGGCCGAUAUCAUUCAGGGAUUCUUGAUGGAUUGCGUGCGUAUCGCCAUUCAGCAUCCAGACAAUAGCAUUGACUUUAUUCAAAGGCAUCGCUGCGAUAUCGAACGUUGGAAUAGCCUAAUUCCAGGAUUCUCAGACGUAUUACCAGAGCAGCAGGAUGCAGUAGGGCCAUUGAAAAAAAGGCGCAUCGAGGCCCUACCCAAGUUGACUAGAGCGGACAGGCUGCAGACGAGAAUGCGAGAGGACGUGGCCCUUCUCAAAAAUAAUCCUGAUGUACAGCAUGGGUUACAGGAACAUAUCUCGGACAUCACCUCGGAAAAUGGACACCGCAGGGCAUUCAUUAGCGUUUGCAAAACUAUUCGGCGACAUCAGGAUCUACCAGAAAUACCGCCUAAUGUUAUCGCCAGGCGUGCGUUCGACGUACCACAGUGUAACCUGAGUGAAGAUGACGAACUACAACAACAAAUUGCAUGGGUCGAGUCGACAAUCCAGCAACGGCUGCCCGGUUGGCGCUCAUGCGUGAAGUUGAAGCUUCAGUUCUUUGCGGUCUUUGAAGAAUCGGCUAUCAACGCAGGAUUUGCAGACCUCAUUUGCGCAUGCGACUUGCAUUGGGAACUUUGCACAGUGCUGUGCAGAUAUUUAAGGAGGCAUCGAACGGAUCCAGCAAGGUUGUCAUUUGAAACAUUCCAGAUGGGUUGCGAACUACUGCUGGCCGUUUUUUCAAAGAAAGAGCAGCUGCAGUGUCAGUUGAGAGAUUAUCUGUAUAUGAAGUCGAGACUCAUUUGCAAGAAUGUAAAUGACCCAUUGUUUGGUUCCUGGGAGCUUUGGAGACUGAAUAUCGACAUUCAACUCAUCGCAACGCUCAAUCAACUCGUCGCCACCAAGAGUUCAACAGUUCCCCAAAGUACUAUCGAGGCGCUAAUCAAGAUCUCCUUGAUAGCCCCGUAUCAAGUCAUCGCAAAGAUCGUUCAUAAUGCGUUUGUCAAUCGCGGUCAAUGUUCUAUCCUCAUCCAAUUACUCGUCAAUAGUGGGCAGUUACCUUGGCUGCGCACUGAUUCAAAGGCGCCAACGCUACUUGUUAGCGUCAUUCACGAUAUCCUCUGUGAGCCGGACUCAGAAAUAACAGUGUAUAAUCAAGACCAACAUCGCAAUUUCGUCGACUUUGUCCUAAAGGCCACCUCUACAGAGAACCGUCACGGGCAAGUGGUGAUCAAUCCAACAGAGUUCUUGGUGGGAUGUGCGGCUCCGUUACUGGCGCGAAUGAUCGGAGGGGAGAAGAGUACUUUCUUCCGGUCUGUGACAGGGAUCUUGAUGAAGAUGUACGGGUGGAAAUCGACGGCAUUAUUAGUCAAUGGCGAUUGGUUUGACCAUCAGAUUCAUUUGCGGAUCCUCCUUCAGCUUCUACAGUUGCGGACCAUGGAGAGUGCUUGGACUGCGGAUCAAAUCGAUAGCCGAUUUCAAGUUCCAGGCAGUGGAAGGCAAGGAUUUGAGCACAAGGGACGAGGUGGUGGCGAACAUAUGGAGGACGUAUCAGGACUUUGUGAACGCCUUGUUUCAAGAAUGUCUAGCCACAUUGGUUCGAUGGAUAUCAACAUGCAGACUGGAAACGAUGUCGCUGAUGUUAUUUCAAGGACGCUUGAACAGAGCAUCCCCUUACUCGAUUUGGAAUCGCAGCUGGUGUUGGUGCCGCUUUUAAGCGCAUGUCGCCAGCAUCUGGACACGGACCUACCUCUGCCUGCAUUGCCGCCUACAAUCUCGCUCCUCUGCCAGGAUCAUUUGAAUACGUUCAAUUAUCAAGGAUCCUCCGAGUUCAGCGGCAAGCAGGACCUCUCGACAGCAUUGUUCCUCGUACUGGAUGUGGCGCGCAUGUGUGAGGAGACAAUGGCGGAAAUAACCUGGGCGCUUGGCGCAGCUACAAUCAUCUCGCAGACAGAUGAGGAAUACUUGGGGCAGAUCUUUGUGCCUGUCCUGUACCGCGUUUUAAGCAUAAGCUCUCGCUCUGAAGGCUGUCGCUUGCUCACUAAAGGAGCACCAAGAAUGAUCCUAUUCUGGAGUGGAUUACCAGAUCUGAGUUUCUAUUGGGACGUCGUGGACGUACAGGAGGUUAUGAAAAAACCAUUGGGACCAUACUGGGAUUCGUUUACUCAAGCUGGGUAUCAUAGACAAGGCACUCGAGAAGCGAAAAGCAAAUUUACGGUUCUCGGUUAUCAGGAUAUACUGCUACUAGUGCUCCAUGUAUCCGAGAUGUUGCUCAGGUUCUCCUUGGAACCUUUGCCACCCAAAGGGACGGAACUUGUAUUGGAUGCGUUCCGCUUGGAGUUGGGAUAUGACGUGAUGAUAGAUCAAGUGGCGUCCUUGAUCCUGUCAUCCAUCAGGUCCCUUAGCAUAGAUUGGGUGACAAUUCCAACCGACCUCGUCUUAUACUGCUUCAUGGCGGUCAGCAAAAUGUCCUAUAUCGCUGCAAAUUUACACACAGAAAAGAUCUUCAGCAACCGUCUCCGCCCUCAUUCCGUCUUUGCAGCAAAAGCGAAUACAGCAUGGACAAGAGAUUAUACCAGGUUUAUGAGACAGACGGAUACGGAUUUGGAGCAACAGGAACGCAUAGCCAGAUCCAAGGCUAGAGAUGAACUCGUCCUGACCGCCAUGAACAUUUCAGAGGAGAUUGUGCGGCGCCAUGAUCUGCAUUACAAACUGAACGUCAAGGAUAAUCAAGGAGUGCCAAAGGACGAGCAAAGCAGUAAGAGCCAGGGAGAAUCAAGGGAUACCGAGUCUCGUAUAUUGGAACUGGACAAUGGCUAUCAGAAUAAGGAUAGGCUAUCGUCAUCCGGCUUUGGUACUGGGCGGGGAUCUGACGGCAUGGAUGAAGGGACCAAGGCCUGGUUUGCCAGUAUCGCAGCAUCCACGCCGCGCGUAGAAAGCACUGACAGAGGUGAGGUCGUUAUAAACAUAGUGGUGGUGGACUCGAAGGCAUCAGAUAUUGAUAGUGAUAAGGAGGUAUCAAAUAAUGCCUUGAGUGGAGCACUGAAGACUGAGGCAAGUGAUGAGGCCAAACCAGGUGGAAACGAAGCAAAGGAGGGAGAGCUCCCAUCUAGACCUUCUGUUCCGGCGUUGCUUAUGACACCGCAGCAGCAAGACGACCGUGAAGAGCCUUCGACACCCGUUCCUGCUGCUUCUGAUUUAGGAUUGACGCAGGCAACAGUAGAGAAGCCCGAUGUUCUAAGGCUCUUAUCGCCAGAUCAAGUCGAUUGCUUGGUUCUCGCUUUGAAGCUUCUCCCAGCACAAGAGCAGCAGGCUGUGAGAGCAAGGUUGUUUCGACUUUUGGAAAAGGACGAUGACAAUCUCUCGGUUUAAGGGCGGACGAAAAUAUCAAGGUCAAAGGCAUCAGCAUGUAACGUCAAGUUGUUUAUAAUGUACAUUCUAUUGAUAAAUGCGAAGA